CUGUCGCGCAUGGAAGAGAAAGUAGUGGCCAAGCACGAGAAAUGCCGCGCGGCGACGCCGGAAGCGGCCGCUAGUGGCGCGACGACCGCGUCGCUUAUCGAUAGACUGAAAACGCUAAGGCUGCACCGUCCGCAGCGCACCCGAAGCCUGAAAAGACUCUUGGAGCUCCUGAAAGUUCCCGGGAACGGCGAGUGUGCGGACUGCGGAAAGAAAGAUCCCGAAUGGGCAUCCUACAACCUCGGCGUGUUCCUGUGCACGGAGUGUGCCGGCAUCCACCGGAGCCUGGGCUCCCAUGUGAGCCGGGUGCGCUCGCUGCGGCUCGACAAAUGGGACGACGCACAGGUCGACGAACUUGCGGCCGUGGGCAACAUUGUUGCCAAGGCAAAGUACGAAGCCAAUGUCCCGGCCUGCUACCGCCGGCCGCUUGCAGACGACGUUGGCGUUGUCAAGGAACAGUGGGUGAGGGCCAAGUACGAGCGGGAGGAAUUUGUGCACCAGGACCGGCAGGUGUACCAGGAGGGCCGCAUGGAAGGCUGGCUGAACAAACAGGGAAAAGAGGACGGCCGCUUUCACCCUCGACGGUUUGUGCUCAGCGACGGGGUGCUAAAGUACUACGUCAAAGAAUCUCACAAAGAGCCCAAGGCAUCGAUUCCGGUGUCUGAGAUCAACGCCGUCUUCUGCCCCGAGAAGAUUGGCAACAAGCAUGGGCUUCAGCUGAGCUACGUCAAGGAUGGCUCGACGCGGAAUAUUUUUGUCUACAGCGAAGACGGCAAGACAAUCGUGGACUGGUACAGCGCGCUAAGGGCGGCCAAGUUGCACCACCUCCAGGUGGCGUUCCCGGGCGCCAAGGAAUCUCAGCUGGUGCCGCACCUGACACGCGACUUCCUCAGAGAGGGCUGGCUCUGGAAGUCCGGACCGAGGCCUGCCGACCAGCACCGGCGCCGCUGGUUCACCCUGGACGACCGCAAGUGGAUGUACCACGAGGAUCCGCUGGAUGCCUACCCGAAAGGUGAGGUGUUCCUGGGCCACCGAAGUGAGGGAUACUCUGUCCAGACCGGGGUGCCACACUUGUUCAAGGAGAUGCCCUUUGCCUUCACGGUGAACACGCCACACCGAAAGUUCGUCAUGGGUGCCGAGAGCGACCGGGACCGCAUUGAGUGGAUCGCGGUGCUGCAGAAGGUGAUGGAGCGCCCUCUGACACCACAGGACACCAACAUGGCGGCCAAACUCGUCAGGAAGCGACCGUCUCUCUCCUCGUCUCUUCAAAUUCUCAAGGUCAGGUGACCUGCUCUUGGCAUUCAGGAGUCCUCACCCACAGAGUCAAGCCAAAGGUUGUUGCGCCCCAUUGCUGUCGCCGCCACUGUGGUCGUCUUCGUCGUACCAAGCCAUCGUCCAACGCGUAUUCACAGCUCCGGCUGGAAAGAAAAAAAAAAAUGGAGGCAGCCGUUUAAAUUCUCCCUGGACUUCUGACGGCUGUCGCUCACUCGAGCUAGUCGAUCAGCACUUUUUCUCUUUUAAUACUACUACUUCUUGCUAGUAAUGCUAGCUCCUCCACAGCAGGACUGCGUUGUUACUAGCUACGAGUUACUCUUUUCUCUUUUCCUUUUUUUUUUUAAUUUACUUUAAAUAAAAAGCAGCGAGGUGAGAGGCUGAAUGUUCAGCAAACAGGCCCAAAGAUUGAGCAGUCGUUUCAGGUUUGAGAAGUUGGUGAAUGUCCAGGAAAUGUUUUAGCAUGCCCUUAUCACCUGUGUAGUGAUCGGCCUUUAUUUUUAUUACCUGCGCAGUUAACUUUGAUGACCGACUCAAUAUUGUGCUUGUUCACUUUAUCUCAGUAUGACCACAGCCUAUACAUAUUGCACUUUCCUCUAGGAAUAUAUAUACACAUAGAUAUCAAAGUCUUAAUAUAAUCAAAGAGGUUACUUUGAAUACUUUUAUAACCUCGCACGCGUUUUCUUGUUUACUGAUCGGAAAAACUGAUCCACCCGACAGUAGCCCAGAGAUACAUAGGAAACCCAACAUGUGUUUCGCAGAAAGAAAGCUUCACAGUGGAGGAAAAAUUUGUCCUGGUCCGGGGAUUGAAGACAGGUCCAACACCUUUCCUGGGCAGUUGGCUUACCAUCUGAGCUAGCCAGGGUGCUAGCACAUCUCAAUAAUGAGGCCUUCCUUUAUGUUGCGCAUUUUUAUAGAUUCAUCACAUUCAGUGUCCCUGUGCUUUUGAGCCAUCAAUUAACCCCCUUCCCCACCACUGCAGUGUAUGGUCAUCACCGGAAUCGGUGCCAACCUAGCAGAUCAUGGAUAUGUACAUGAUGUGGAAACAUACCUCGCAGUGUGAUCCCGUGAUGAUUGUAAUCGUCAAGUUGCUUCUAGUUGCAGUUUUCGACACUAGAUGGUUGUUGCUGGCAUUUUGUGUAGUUUUUCAGUUUAUUAUGUGCUGCUUGAACGCUUGCAUUUGGAAACACGGCUGGCUGGAAAAUUUAGGAAAAUUUUUAUAAUUUCCUGCAUUACAUAAAGGGAGUUUAAUUUGGCCUCAGCUCUGCGAUCUGCUGGCCUCCUAGUUAGCUCAGAUGGCAGAGCGAUAUCUACGAAAAGGCGGUCCCGAGUACGGUCCCCAGACUAGGACAAACUAUCUUCGACUGCAAAGCUUUCCUGGUGAGAAGCCCGUAGGCAUUCCAUUUGUAGCUUCAAGCUACUCUCUGAAGGAGGACAGUGUCUUCCUUGUGCGAAGCCCUCUCCGCAUUGUGGAUUCUCACAGAACUGAUUUGCCAUAUUCUUGUUUACUGUGUGUCCAGCUUUGGGAAAAUACUUUUUUGGUGUCAUUUUUUUUUUCUUUGUAUGUGGUUUUUAAAUUUGCAUUUAGUAUUUUCCCCUUGCAAUCUGUCGGAGUGAACAGAUGCAUCAGCAGGCCUUUUUUUGAUGAUGUUGCUCACAUUGUUGAAUUCUGAAAUCUUUUUUUAAUACUAGGACAGUUAUCGUUAUUGUCUUUUGUUCUUCAGUGGCCUACAAUGAGUUUCACGCGAAUACUUUCUUUUUUCCCCUCCAAAGGUGAAGGGAUUGAAAGCAGUGGUUACACUUUAGUAGUUGUAGAUAUUCUAUUUCUAGAGAGAGUCUACGAGGUUGGGUUUCAGAAUUUGCUGAGACUGACAGGAAGGUCUGCAGAACGACAAUGGUGCUUUUGUUGCUGAUGCCCCUCCGGGAUGAUCGUGUGCACCCAGAAGUGUGAUACACCUUUCUACAUAUGUGAAAUUUCUUGCAAUACUUAAUGCUGUACAAAAAUAUAAAGUGUGCCUAUAAUUCAUUUUAUUUACUGUUCUUUUAUCCUUUUUUUUCUUGAGCCUUAAAUGUGGUCACAAAAUAGUCAUGGUACUACUUUGUCGUUAAAUUUUUAAUCUGCUAUGAUGCGAUAUGCCAGCAUUUGCCUGCACCCCGCGAGUCGACUUACCUGUCUCGAUCUAUCUUCUUCUGUCGCAUUAAAUGUGAUUCGUCUUUCUAGCGCAAUACUGCCAUUUACAUGGUGGUACACCAUUUCACACAUGGUAUUUACUCCAUUUACAUUCAUUUACAUGAAUGCAGUGUGACGGGCCAUUGUAACAUUCUUGUAAAUGCAGCUGCCAGGGGGAGCAGCUGUGUGCAUUUUGCGUUCUCGCUUUUGCAGAAUCAAAAGAUUUGCCCUCGGUUUGUAAUAAUUCAGCCUUGGACGGUCAUCCCGGUCAUGUCCACAUUCAGCUUAUGCAUUUUCAAUGCAUUUCAGCACUGCUACAUUCAAACGGGCUUCAGUUAGUUUGAACUUCUUGCUUAUCGGACAAAGUAGUCUUAAAUGCAAAAAAAAAAUCCCACAUAUAGUACAAGUUUUCUUUUUAUUAUUAUUUUUGGUUCUCAGAAUUCUGGUAUUUAAUGUCUGUGCCUUUAAUUGUAUUUGGGUACUAAACCUUCUGUAAGUUUCAGUGUUUUCGUUUUUGAUCGUUUGUUUUUUCUUGUGUGACCAAAAGCAACAGAUUUGAUCGCAUUGGAUUGGGAUGUAUUUCUCAUUUGUUUCCUACUUUAUGGCGCCCCUCGUAAAAUAUUCAGCUUUGUAUUGUACGCAGGAUUUUACGGUAAUACAAUUUUUGCUGCCAGACGUGUCUGGAAAACGGCACCUGUGGAGCUUUGGAAGAUAGAAAUAUGGCUUCCAUAGCAUUUAGUUUUCAAACCUUGUAUUUUGAUGAAGCGAUUGGCAAUUGAUUUUCAAAGCUUGCUAGAACACGUAAAAGCUUAUUAGUGAUUUAAAUUUUUCAAAUCUUUUUUUAACCCCUUCCGUGCCUGGCCAUUAUCCAGUAUUCUGACCAAAACUAAUCAGAUUUUUUUCUUGCACAUUUUUUAAAAUUUUUUUUAAUGAGAAAUAGUAUAGUAGACGAUGCUUGGUGUGUUUAUUUGAAAUAUCAAACCAUUACUGCAAAAGUGAAGCUUAACAGCACUACACAUCACAUACCGUGCAAUAGGUAUGAAAAAAGAAUUUGACACUGAACUGUUCAUCUGCAGCGUACGCUAUGCCCAAGCGAGGCUAUCAAAAGAUUGCAGACUCAAUUCAUCGCUGAAGUCAACUUUUCUGGGACAAAGCCAGCAAAGCUCGAGCUGCCUGUGGCACCAUUCUUAAAGAUCCCAGUUUCCAACAUGCUUCACUUUCUCUGCUAGAAUAUACUUGCUCCUGCCCGUGCUGCCAUCUGUGAGAAAUGCAAGAAAGCUCUCAGAUGAAAUCAGCCCUUCCAGGGCAUUGCAAAAAAAAAAAAAAAAAAAAUUUACAUGUACCUCCGCCGAGCUUAGCUCACCCUUUUUGUUGCUGUUUUUCUAUAAACUCGUGGACUAACCAAGUUCGUCUAUGGCACGGAAGGGAUUAAGAUUGCGUAUGUGUACUGAUCUCAUUCGAGGCUGCUUGAAAAGAGGCACACAAGGGAAAAGUCUGCCGUUCCAAAAACUUUUAAGUUAGGCAGGUCCAGUGAGAGUUUCAAUCACCACAAGCAUUAUAGCUGUCGUUUUACGGUGACCGUGUAGUUAGUAGUUGGUGCUUAGCUUUCUUGUUCUACGUGUCCAAAGUACAAAGCUAAGUUGUUGUGGCAGACAGAUUUUUUUUGUGUGUGUGUGUUUUGCAAAGCACAGGAUGCAAAUCUUGGAGUUGGGAAAGUGUGCUCAUACAUUAUCAGAUCUUGUUGGGGUUCAUGAAAUUGCAAGAGGUCAACACUAAUUAGGUGAGCAUUGAUCCAUUUCGUGAAGCUGUGUACCCGCGGAUUUGUAUUCACAUUAUUCACACCCGUGCGGAAAGGUCUCCGCUCGCACGUAAGCCCUUAUUCAAGCCAGGGUGAGCGAACCGUGCAAAACAACAACUGUUUUGUUGUAGUUAUCAAAAACACAAGCGUUAUGAAAACUUUUGGCUAUGCAAACGUGUUCUAAUAUUUCCUUGUAUGAACACCAAGACAAUGUGGUGUACAAGUGUCUGUACAUAUAUGCAGAUAUCACGUUCUUAUUUGUGUAGAUGCAAGUUGCUGAUAGGCAUGAGUGUGAUAAUCUUUAGCUGCCGUCAGAUUCAGGUGGUGUUCAGUGGAAGCCUAAUAUGACUAAAAGAAUAGCGUCAAUUAACCUCAAGUAGCUCAUUAACUGUUGUCUAUAAUGACAAUCUAAAAAAAACACUUAUUUGAGCUCUGCUACCGAUACUUGAUCUCAAAGCCAGUACUUGUAUGAGCUUGUCAUUGUGCUGCAGUUUGUUUUUUACACAGUCUCAUUGUUUGAGAGUGAUACUGAAAAGUAUGACCACAUUUAUGUCACUCAACAUGUUUUGCAAUCUCCAGUCAUGCAUUGUGUAACUAGCCUGUCUAAUCUGUGUAUCCAUAUACUCGAGAAACACACAAGCACUUCAAAUGUGGGGUGAUCCAGUGAUUGGUUACAUUAUAAAGUUAACUUAAUUAAUGGCAAAAAUAGGAUUUUAGUUAGUAAAAUUUUGGGAAAAACCUGGAGGUUAUGACAUUUUAAGGUAGCCAAAAUUAUACCAAGUUGUAAACAUGUUACAGUAUCGAGCUAGACCGUUUAAACUUGGCUACAUUCCCUUAAAUAUUUCCCAAGCGAUAUAUUUGAGUAACUGAUGUAAAAACAGUACAAAAAAGUUCCUUUUCUUACGUCACUUCAGCCUCGUUUUAAAUUCUUCCAAGAAAUGUAUCUACAAGAUUUUAAUGCGUUCUCUUCUUUUAUUGCACUGCCGAUAUGGGAACGCAGUGCCUGCAAGUUUUUCAAUUUUAUUACUUUUGGCUGUUUAUGUCAAGUGAGCAGAAGGCCUCAGUGAAAGCUUUUUUUUUGUGUGUUAUGUUUCAAUAGUUCUUGAAGCGCUGCAGGACUUUUCCUGAAAAGUUGUGUGAGGAGAGCCAUGUUUAUUGUAAUUUUGUGGGAAAAAGAAAAGUGGUUCCUGCAUCAUUCAAUGCAGGCACGUUUGAUUAAGGAAAAGGAAAGAACGUGGUUUGUUCAAGAUGUCAGUUAGCACAAUCACUCUAUGCGAUAUGCCAGACACUUUGUAAUGAUUUGAGGUAGUUGGCCUACUCCUGACGGCAACAUUUGGCAUUGUAAGCAGUUGCCGACCACGUGGCCGAUCAAACAAGCAUACCCAUUUGCGACCUUAAGAAGCUGCUUUAAGAGUACUCAAAAAGCCAGACACGGAAGGAAUGGUUACCUUUCAUUCUGCGAUGCCUUCAGACUGUCUACACCAGGCCAGAUGUAAAAGAUUGGUAAACUGCGAAAUGGCAUUGCUUAAAAAAAAAUAACAUGCCAAGACAUUUUCACUACUACUGCAAGCACCCAAACGUCACAGUUAAAUAAAACAGGGUUUAUUGCAAACAGAUCUCGAUGUAUCAUUUCUCAAGCAUUACACACGUGUGCAGCCAUAGAACACGAGGCCCUCCAUAGUACGCCUCCACAAUUUAGCCCUGCAAAUUCAUGGUCACUAUCUUUGUGAAGCGUGAGAAAGAAACAGUUGUGAUGGACACAUCGGGCACAUAAUGUCGGUCCACGGCUCAUGCGAUGCAAGAAAAAGGUUGCCUUAGAGCAGUGGGACUCUAUCUUUCCAUUUCCUCUAUCGUAUUGUCAUGUCUUGUCAAUUUUUCUUCACGAACUCUUUUACAGAUACAGUGCUUAACCUUUUUCAGAUGCCCUGCGUAGAAGCUGCCAUAUCAUGUAGCCAAUCUCAUUAGCUUGCUAUGCGAGCCUUGAAGCACAGUUGAGUGCUUCACUGAGUGUCCUUAACAAGUACCUUAGCCUACUAGAAGCUGCCUAGAGAUGCAUAAACGUACUGCUACUACACACAUGUACUUAUAGAGUUUAUGAGAUGUACCACUAGAAGCACAUGUCUUAAAAUACCAGUUAUGAGUAGUUGCCAUAUUGCACCAGAGUGUGUUAGGGAAGUGUAAAGUGCUAUUUUGUAGAUGUUGCUAGCUGCAAGCAUGUUCACAUAUCUUCAAUGUUGCAAAAUGACCUGGCAAGUUCCAAAGCAUUGGUGUCGGAAGGCCAACUGCUACGAAAUUUUGGACUGUGUAAGACAAACUGUUCAUGACAAUGUGGAUAAAACAAAGCCCCCUGGCAAAAUUUUACGUUUGAACCACAAUCGGAUGCAUUAUGAAAACCUAGCAAUAUUUUUUAUAGCACCAAAGAAUGUGCCAUCGUUACCACUCACCAGAAAGGAUGCAAAACCCGCAAUGUUUAUAAACAGUUUGGCGCAUGGGGUUCCGAGACUCAAGUUCGUAGUACGCCAAAAAAUCUAGGAGGCUGACGUGCUGGGGCUUGCAUCGUAUCUGCUGACCUCCAGAUGCCCACUUAGCUUAUUUAAAGGGGGUGAAUGAGAAAACUAGGAAUUUUUCAGGCCUGGAGCUUUGCCAAGCUUUCUUCCAUAACACACACAGUUAUCUUAAUAACCAAUUGAGCCAAACCGAAGUUUCGGUGCAGUUGUCCUUCUAAGCGACUUGUAGUAUCCGACACCAGUAGCACGAAGGCUUGUUUCACACUCCGGCACGUUCAUAGCCUGCAGUCAAGCUUUGCCACGGGGAUCAGAAUUGUCUCAUUCAGCCAUGAACUCCAGGGUUAAGUGCUUCAGCGAAGGCCAGGUUCUUGGAGCACAGAGUGCACGCUGGCACAGACGUACAAAUGUUGCAUCAUCUGUGAUGACUUGUCAGAUUGCAGUUGGUCAUCACACACUGACACAAAGGUUGUUACAAUGCUGAUGCACAUUUUAUUAUUAUCUUUGUUCAAGCAAAUGAUAAUAUUACAAAAAGUUGCUGGGUUCAGACCCACUGAGGGGCACCUGCCAAGAUAAAGGGUACAUGCGAUCCUUGGCUAGACACCUAGUUGUCGCAAGGGCAUCACUGCUUGUGGGAAGCUCCUACUGUUUGGUGCAAUUAUUCGUGGCUCUCUGCCACAGUGGCUGGACGGAAGCGCAGCCUACCGAUGCACACUGCUGGGGUGGUAUUCUCUGUCGUUCACUUCGGAGAAAUACAAUCACUCUUACGAGAUUGUGUGUUUACGAAAAUGUUACGAGAAUGUUAAGAAAUAUUACGAGAAUGUGCCAGGAGUGGUGCCGAGUCGCACUAAGUUUUGUGAGAGCAAUUGUAUCUCCCGAAGUGGUUAGCCAGAAAUGCCACUCCCCGGUCGCGGGCAUGAAUCAGCUGGUCCUACUCUGUCCACUGCCGCUCGACGCGUUGGAGUGUAAACAAGCCUCAAGCGAGUCCAGGAUUAGUGUGUUAUUGAUGGCUUUAUAAUGUGUUAUGCAACAUUUCUUUAAUGUAGAAAUUAUUUCCUGCUUUGUUCAAGUUGAACAAUUUCGCAAACAUUGCCAUGUAGCACUCCUCUGUUGGCGUUGGAUUGUCUCAACAAUGAUUUGCAUUCUCUUUCCGGUCUGCAUGUAAAUCAGGUUAACAGACCUUUUAUAGCAAAUUAUAUGUGAUUUGGUGCUGAACAGUUUUUAUGAAUCUGCGAAAUGUUUCGUGCUGUGUUCAAAACCUUGGAUUAUUUGGAAGAGUUGAGAAGUGUCACUCUUCCAGCAAUAAACACUUCAAACUUUCCAUCAAAUUGCGCAUAAAACUGGUAUUUUAUUCUGAGA